AUGGGUAGCAUACCAGCACAGAAAAAGAAGCCGACUCCAGUCUUUCUAUUUGCUCAUGGAUCUACCAUGAUGCUUGGAGAAGAGUCAGAGCCAGCUCGAAUUUGGGAAAACAUUGGAAAUGAAUGCCUACGGCGUGGUGUCAAGCGCAUUGUCAUGAUGGGUGCUCACUGGGACUCUCCUUACGAUACAGUACGAGUGAGCAUGAAUCCCGACGCGAAGAAAGACCCCGUGGGCAGCGUCACGGAAGCUCGAUACAUGCCAUACAAAAUGGUGGCAGAUCUCGAAGGAGGACAACGCGUUAUCGAUAUGUUACGAGGAGCUGGAAUCAACGCCCAAGCUGAUCCCAAGUUCGAAUGGGUUCACGACACCUUCCUGAUCGUCAUCCGCAUGUUUCCUCAUUGUAUCCCGCUCCCUACAACAAUCGUGUCAAUGAACGCACGAUACGACCCGCACCUACACACAAAGAUCGGAGCUGCUCUACGGCCAUUGCGAUACGAGGAUACGCUUAUAAUAGGCAGCGGUGGAUCCGUGCAUAACUUGUAUCGGAAUCAUUGGUAUCAGAUGCUCACCUAUCGAGACAACUUUGCGCAGCCUGUACCACCUGGAGACUUUGCUCUCGAGUUCAGGCAGGCGUUGGAAGAUGCUGUUACGCAGAACACGGGACCUGCUUUACGAAGAGCUGUUACUAGGUUGAUGAAACAUCCGCGGUAUAAGGAGGCGCAUGGAACUGAUGACCACUACAUGGCCACUUUGUUUGCUGCUGGUGCGGCUGGUCACCAUGAAGAUCAGGGUCCUAAUAAAUUUCUAGGCGAAUGUUGGGAGCUGGUGAACAUGUGCAAUAGUCAGUAUCAGCUCGGCGACUGGGACGAGUCUUUGUAG